AAUCAAAUAUUUUGCUUUGUAAAUUUGAAUAGGUGUAUAUGAUAUCUUCAGUAUGACGUAAACAAGGUUAAUAUGGCGCCGAUGUAACACAGGAAUUUUCUUGUUUUUCUAUGUAGGAAGGACACUUUGUACUUCAAAGAUGGCAGCUGUGGCACAGGCUGCAGACUUUGAUUAUAGGAUUAGUUCCCACAGGAUAGAAAGAUUUAAGAGCAUCACACGAGCUACUAUGAAAGAACCAGUUAACUAUAUUAUGCUGGAGAGUGAACUCGAAAUUAAUACCAUUUUGCCAAAAUUGCUACAGCAUGAAGCAAUAUCGUACGGAGAACGAGGUAUCAUCACACAACAUAUUAAACGGCGCCGGAAAAUCGGUGAACUAUUGGAUAUAUUCUUUAAUCGGAAUAAUGAUCAAUGGAUUGACAAAUUUCUUCUUUCCUUGGAACAAAGCAACCAAAAUCAUAUAAUAUUGAGAUUGAAAGGCUUGGCACCAACACCAUUACAAUAUCAUAUAAGACAGUUUAGACAAACACACAUCCAAGAGAGAGUCUUAUUGCGGGAGGAGGAUGACGAAGAUGCAAUUCGCAGAUCUUAUGAUUCACAGAAACUUAGCAUUGCUCGCGAAGUACUAAACUGUGACAUUAUUACCGUAUAUAAAGGAUCGCUGUGUUUUCUUCUCGCCGGUAGAACAAAUGAUGCAGUGGAAGACCUCUGGAAUAAAAAAAGAAAUGCUCAUAAAAUGCAAAAAUUUCUCAAAUUCAUAUUGAAUCAGUGUUCUAGUAAGAAGAAUUUCACUAAUAGAAGAAUUGUUACUGUGGAAAUCACAGAAAAACCAAACGAAUUUUUGUUCCGCCUUGGAGAUACAUCAAAAUGUAUUACAAGGAAGGAUACUGUAAACAGUGUGUGUUCUGAUUGUUUUAGACGCACUGUUUUAUACAACUAUGAAAAUAUAGUAGACGAGAUAGAAACGAUGAUGAUAGAACAGACCUUCUCUGGUAAAGACAAACGAGUCCCUGGUUGUAUACUUAAGGCUUGUUUGCACGAGAAAGACGUAAGAUCACGACAGGAACGGGCAGACAUAUUUUUACGAUAUAUUUUGACAGAUGAAGAACAUUUACUCAGCUUCAGAAAUGUUUUUCUGAGGAACGUUAAUUUGACUUUAAAUACAGUACUCUGCGAAACACACAAAGGUCAGACAGUCAAAACGAAGCUACGAAAACAGAUAGUAUUACAUUUUGAAGUACAUUACGACAGAAGUGUUGAUACAAUUUUUGUCACCCAGGUGUCAGAGGGUAUGGAAAAAAUUAUGAAGUACAUAAGGCAUGACUCUUUCCCUGAAAAAACCCCAGAAAUAUUAAAGAUACUUGAAGGAAUUGAUGAUAACAGGGACAAAGAUGUAUCUGUGGCAUACAAUAAGGAAUCGAACAACUAUGUCAGACUUGUAGUGUUUUUGGUAGAUACUGCCUCCAGUACUCUACGUAAUUACUUCCAAGUUAAAGUCCUGCAUGGAAAAAGCUUUCAGAAUUACUUGAAUGAACAUAAGCACACACUGUUUCAUUUAUUUUCUCAAAUACAAUGUUGCAGCUGUACAAGAGAAAUACAAAAUCAACAGAGGCAGUGGUCUGCAAAUCAAUUUUGGUCAAUGUUUGAGAAUGUGAAAGAUGUUCAGCACAAAUUUUCGUUUUGUAUAUGUAGAUUUUCAGCCAAACGGGGAGUUAGCACAAGUAUUCUUGAUAUAACAUCAAUGAAAAUUCUUAUUCACAACUGUGAGAGUAACAUCAAUGACGAAGAUUCCCAAAUGAUAAAAGCAAUAGCAGACGUGAGAAAUAAACUCGCCGUCAUGGCAGUAGAAAAGGGUCUAUCUACCAGUAUCUUUAAUUCUGAAUGGGACACACUAGAGCGAUCUAUCCUAGGAUUAGCAUCCAAAAUAGAUGUGCAGUACAAAAAUGCUGUUAUGGCUGAUAUUAAUUAUCUGAGGCAUAGGACUCUCCUGAAUGAUGAUGCUUUGAAAACUUACCAAUUAAUGCAAGAUUGGUUGAGUGACAAAUAUUCAAAAACCGAGAUUAUAAAACCUGAACAGGAGACCACGAUUAUGGCUGUACAAGGUGUAAAUGCACCAAUGAAGAAAAAUGUAGAAGCAUGUACUGAACUCCUAUUGAAGGAUAUUGAACUAAAUGAUGUAAUCGAGGACAUCAGAAUCAUAUUGAUAGGUAGAGAUGUGUGUGGCAAAGAUUUACUUUACAAUACAUUGUUGAAUGAGUAUGGAUUUUAUACUGGUGGAAAUGAAGAACAGAUUAAGAGAGGGGUUUAUUUUGAUGCACCUUUUCGCAAACAGUUUAUAGUAACAUGCGCUCCGUCAAAGAUGUUUGAAUUUCAGUGUACGUUGCAUGUCCAACGCCUCAUGGAAAAAUGUAUAGCAUCAACCUCUCCUGGACCACAUGCUAUAAUUUUGACCAUUCAUCAAACCCAAAUGAUCAAAGAGGAAUGUUUAGAUGAAAUAUUGAAUACAUUUGUAAUAAAGUUCGGAAGUGAAAUCAAGAAGUUUUUCAUCCUUUCGAUUAUUGGAUGCACAAACUAUCCGCGUGAAACUUUGAUAACUUUAUUGAGACAAUCACCUUUAGCCCAGGAGCUCGUCAUAUCAAACAGAUUUCUUAGCGUGGGUUAUGAAAACAGAAAUUGUCUUGUGAGCAUGCUACUUCGAUUGGUAGAUGAAACAGGAACAUGGAACACACAAGCUUUCUUUACAAACCAAAUAUACCAGAAAGUGGAAGAAGAUAUAAAACGAGAUAGUUUUAUGUUACAGCAGUCUUUAUUAGAAGAGUAUCGUCAAAUCGAGUAUGAUGUAUCGAAACUUAAAGCAAUGAUAAUCCCCCGUGAAAUACAACAAAAAAAGUUAGAAAAUUCUAACACCAGAGAGCUGGUUAUCCGCAGUUACUUACAAUCCGAUACAUCACCCUAACCACUUUUGUCAUCGACAAACAACUAUAACGCUGCAAAGAGGAGCUGGUAGUUUUGUAUUGUUAAAUAAUGAGGUUCUUAGCUGGUCUUCAAUUCAUUUGUUCUUCAAUUUUUAUUGAGAUAGUGUUAUAUACGCCAUGCAUUGCUGUGCGACGAACUUGCAGAUGACAAGUUCAAACGCCUCUUCUCUUCUGGUUAUAAAUUCCAGGUUAUCAUGGUUAUACAUUUGUUUUUAGUUAUCUUAAUUUUUCAAUACUCAUUAAAUCAUUUGAACAUAGGCAACUAUUUUUCAUGGUGAUAAAAACUUCUGGUUUCCUUUAAACAUGAAUUGAUUAACUUGAAACAUAAUUAACAUGAAACUUGCGACAACUCCAUACCUACAAAAUAAUUUUCAAUACAAAUAAGUCCCCAUAAUUUCAACUUUUAUCCAAAGAAUUCUCAUCCAUAUAUUUAAUUAUAAAGAUUAUAAAAUUAUAGUUCAUUAAAAAUUACGGCAUUGUUUUUGAACUAAGAUUACAACCAUCUGUACAUAGUUUACACGGUCUAAUGAAGGCUCCUUCGAUUUUAAUGUUCUGAAGCGUUUUAUAAACUUUUUGUUUAUUUCAUAAUUUGUAGUUGGACGUGAACCUGGUGAAGGUUAAACUGAAAACUUAUGUUGUUUUUUUUUUAUUGAAAGUCAUAUAUUUGAGGCAAACAUUUUCAUGAGUAGUCUGCACGGAAAUGGUAUUUCGAAGAUUUGAAGAAGACAUUUAAAAGCAUCGAAAAUACUAGAAACUUUUCCCCGAACACGUAUUUUCUUGUCAUAACAUAUUUCCGGAACAAUCCGAAACAUGAUUUAAAAUAACAGACGACUAAGAUUAAGAAUAAAUGCAGUGCCCUUAACAUGGAAACUUUAAUGUACGGUAAUGGUAUGCUUUAUAUGGACAUAAACAUGUUAACUUCGGUUUCACAAAAGUGCAGAAUUAUAUAAAAAAAGAUCAAUUGCUUUUUAUAGUGUAUAGACAUUAUGGUUGAGGUUCGUCUAGAAGAUUUGAAAACUUUGGCCGAUUUUACACCAUAAAAUGUACUGUGAGAACAGACAAAUUUUUACAUCUAGAACAUUUUAAGCAAGGCAGGACCUAGAUAUAUAAGAGCUAUAUAAAAUCUCUGUUUCAGAAACUUUAAAACCUAUCGUCAUUUUGAAGUGCAUUUUUUUUCAAGUCUUCAGAAGAUAGCAAUAAUAAUAACCACACGAGAUUCAUUUGAUACGGUCCACUCAAUUACACAGUUUAAAUCGCCAAUUUUUAACAGAUGUCUAUUGUCCAUUUAAAUCAAUACAACAUGGGAAACUACUCUAACUCCUUUCCAACUUAGGUUAUUUUGGCACCUUCUGCAGGAAAAAAAAAAAGAAUAGCAAAAUGCAGUAAAGUUUUUAUUAUUCUGAAACUAAAAGUGUAUGCAUAUUUCAUUCAUCUAGGUCCAGCCAUACUCUAAAAUAUUUCAAGAUAUACACAGGUUAAACCGUUUUUCUGUACUCAGAAUGAAAUUUGUAUAGUAAAAACGACCAUACUGGCGAAUAGGUUAUAUAUAACGAACCUUAAAGGGGCACUAGCUACAUGUAGAUAUAUACAAAAUCUAACAUAUCCAUUUUUUUUGUUUGCUCAAGCAAUAAUGAAAUGUAAAUAGUCUUUUAGCAGCUGAAGUAAAUGAAGUAAGGUUUUAAAUGUCAAAAUAAGCUAAAAAAAUCCAUUGAAUAGGAAGUAAACACCUGCAAGUGAAUAGUUCGACCUCAUUGAAUCUGUAUUCAUGUGAACUUCAACUAAAUCCUUUAGCUUGAGAUGGAUAACAAGUUGAAUUGUAUGUGUAAAUUUAGUUAAAGAAAAAGAAUGUACCAUUGAAAGUGAAACAAAGGUGAAUCAUUUGAUUGACUUAUUCGAUCCACAAAAAAAAAAAUCAUUCUUAUAAAAACGAUGAUAAACAUUUAUUUUUCAUCUAUAACGUGAAAUUAAAUAGACCUAGAAUGUUCCAACAGCACGCGUUUGCUUAAUCGAUUUAUAUCUAUAUUUAUUUUGACAUCGCUUAUAUGGUCUUCCGAGGACUUUAGAGGUCAACUCGAUAUUUAAUAAGAUGGCGUUUAGACUACUUACACAUGAAACGAAGCUACGCAAUUUCCUGCUUGUGCCCUGUUAAUUGUUUAUUCUAGACUAUUAAUAGUUUGGAUAAAUUUUUACACUGUUAUAAAUCAAAUGUCAGAAUUUGAUAAAAAUCGGUUAACAUGAAUUUGACAGCUAGUGCCCCUUUAAAUAUAUAAACAUUUAUAGUGUAAUUACUUUUUGUUGUAAUGCCGUUUUUUCAAAGACAUGGAUUAAUUUUUAGAUGGGGAUUUUCCCUUGUCGCUAUCUUGCGGUGUUUAUAUAUCUCAACUUGUACGAUUCUCUCGUGUAUGUAACAAUGUUUUAGAUUUCAACGAGAGAUAUUUAUGUGUUACUGGAAAACUUAUUACACCAGGGUUUUCGAAAUCACAAACUAUUCAAAACAUUUUCUAAAUUUUAUCAUCUGUAUAAGGACAUAAUUCGUAAAUAUAGCUCAACAUGCAAACUUCUUAAACGUUCAGGUAUUUCACAUUCAAUAUUUUAUCGAAAUAUUCUUUUAGAGCACAAAAAUGUCAGUAUUCACCUCAGAAGCUUACAAAACCUUUAAAUAGACUUAUUAAGAAGGGGUAUAGUUAAGAUAUUGUUGUCCGGUCAUUAAAGAUUGCAUAUGUUGGCGUUAAUAUUGAUUCACUUAUAAGGUCUUUGCAUCGGAACUAAACACGUUUAUUCAUAAACAAGUUGUUUGCAUGACACGGGUUAUGUUCUUCUCAUAUAUGUUAUGAUGGUAUGAUACUAAACCCCUCAAGGGAAGGAUUGUGCCAGAUAUUCAUAUGAUGAAGUCAUAAUCUUUCAAUCAGUUUAAUUGAAGUCUGGAGCUGGCAUGUCAGUUAACUGCUAGUAGUCUGAUGUUAUUUAUGUAAUAUUGUCAUUUUCUUAAUUUUCUUUGGUUACAUAUUCUAACAUCAGACUCGGACUUCUCUUGAACUGAAUUUUAAUGUGUGUAUUGUUAUGUGUUUACUUUUCUGCAUUGGCUAGAGGUAUAGGGGGAGGGUUGAUAUCUCAUAGCAUGUUUAACCCCGUCGCAUUUUUGCGCCUGUCCCAAGUCAGGAGCCUCUGGCCUUUGUUCGUCUUGUAUGAUUGUUGAUUUUAAUUUCUUUUGUACACGUUGGAGUUAAGUAUGGCGUUCAUCAUCACUGAACAAGUAUAUUAUAUAUUUGUUUAGGGACCAGCUGAAGGACGCCUCCGGGUGCGUGAAUUUCUCUCUGCAUUAACGACCUGUUGGUGACCUUCUGCUGUUGUCUGCCCUAUGGUCGGGUAAUUGUCCCUUUGACACAUUCCCCAUGAUUUAUGAUAUUUUUUCAGUUAACAAAAACAGUUUGAAUUUAAUGGCUUUAAAAUAAAAUGUAACUAUUAAAUUGAUUAUGUAUUCACAGAUAGAAACAGCUCACUAGGUAUUUCAUGAAUUAAUUUACGGUCAACUCGACUUUUAGAAAUCGAUGAGCCAUGUCGUUUAAAUUCUUGUUUAUUGCAUGUCUUUAUAUUAAUAUUAUUUAUGAUGUUAUUAUGAUGUUUUAUGAAAUCAGUCAAAUAUUAAACAAU